AUGCCGACGCCAACGCCGCCGCUGAGGAGGAACAACCCGCCGGCAGCGCUUCUGCUGCUGAUGCGGCGGCGACGGCAUCGAGGAACACGCCCCGCCGCUGGCGACGCGGCCCUGCCUGCGGCUCGGGCAACCCCGAGGGACCGCCGGAAAUGUAUACGGCCUCCGCAUCCGGCACCCCGCAGCAUCCUCCCGGGCAUCACCCAUGCUGCGCCGUACCACGGAGCUCCACCCCCGACCGCGGUCGAUCGCCGUCCGCACGGAGGAGGCAUCACUCCUCCCGGCUCUGCGGAUGCGGUCUCCAUGGCGACGACCAAUGGGAGCUCCGCGCGGCUCCGUGGGCGUGUCCGGCUGUCGUCAGCCGCCGUCGGCUUCAGGGCCCCAAGGCUGGCCGCAGCGCUGGACGGCCGGUUCCAGCUGUGGAGCAGCGCCAUGGCGGCGGCUGCCGCCGCCGUGGCCGCCGAAGAUCCGCGGCUCCAGGCGCCGGCGGUCGGCGAUGAACGCCUCGGCGGCGGAGUGGUCUCGCACGCCGGCGGCCAGCAGGACUGCGGCGGCGGCGGCGACAAGCGAAAGGUCGAACUGGCGUCGCCAUUGUACGCGCUGCAGGAGCCCAGGCACCGAGACGGACAGCUCCAAGGACAGGGAGAUGGCGGUGCCUUCAAGAAGCUCAAGCUGGAGCCCGGCGUGUCCGACCUGGGCCUGUCGUCGUGCGGCGGCGGCGGUGUGCUCUCCACCGCGUGUAGUCCCACGACGCCCGCGAGGCGGCGCCACCGGACCACCUUCACCCAGGAGCAGCUGCAGGAGCUCGAGGCGGCAUUCGCCAAGAGCCACUACCCGGACAUCUACUGCCGCGAGGAGCUGGCACGCAUCACCAAGCUCAACGAAGCGCGCAUUCAGGUGUGGUUCCAGAACCGGCGCGCCAAGUACCGCAAGCAGGAGAAGCAGCUGCAGAAGGCCCUGGCCGCGCCGGCGGCGCUGCCGCCCGCGGCCUGCAACGGCAUGAUGCGCGGCGUGUACGGCCCUCCCCGCACGACUUCGUACGCGGCCUACGCCGCCGCAGCAGCGCACCCGCACCCGGCGGCGCGGUACCCGGCGUACAGCGCCACCACGGCGCAGCCCUUCGGUCACCAACCGGGGGCGGCCGCCGCCACGUCGCCCGAGGAGGACUGGUACCAGCGCGGCUUCUCGGCCCUCAGGGCGCCGCCCGCCUCCGUGUCCCAGCAUCCGGUCUACCACAGCUAG